GAUACUACCCCUCCCCUAACCUUUUAGGUCGAUUUUUUUUAAAUUUAGUAUAUUUACUAGGUUAUGUAACUAUGCAAAUAAUAACAAAUGUAUGAUCAUCAUUUAGUCCCUAAAGAAGUUAAUUGGGGUAAAAAUGGAAAAUUUAUGAUAUUUAAAUCGGUUAGAAGUGGCAUGUUAAAAAUAUUAUUUAGUAUACCAUAUUAUGUAUGUACCUAUUAAAUAUGCAAAGGUACUUUAGGUAUGCUGUUUCUUAGAUAAAUUCAAUCGAUUAUUUGUAAUAAUAAAAAAAAAAAAAAAUGUAAAAUAAGUUCAAAUUACGUUGGUCGAUCCGCGAUUUCUAUCAUUAUGUUUGAUGAAUAAAAUAUAGUCGAAACUUGUCAUUAAUUCGCUAUUACCGAAUUACACCAUAAAAUAUUAUUUAUUUAAGUUAAAAUACGUGAUUGAAGAUGCUUAUAAAAUCUAUUACCUCCCAUAUUUUAGUAAAUAUUAUAUUUAUUGGAUGGUAGGUAGCAUUGAACAUUCUUAAUACUAAAAUAGCUACCAGGAAUUCAAAUUUAAGCUAGAACAAAGAACGAUUAUUCUUUUGGUCAAGCUUGUGUAAAGUUGAUUUUUUUGCGGUCCUAUUCUUAUUUAACUUUUGUCUUUUUGAGACAUAAUUAAAUUAAUUAAUUAAUUUACUGACAUUUAUAUUAUACAAUCAAAAUGAAUCACGAAGGAUUUGUAUAUAAAUUCAAUGGAGGAAUGCGGAAAGGAAUUAGAUAUUUACUCUGUAAAACACGCUACUGCAAAGGUUCAGCAACAAUUUUACAAAAUGGAACUGUAGAAACAAUUGAAAGGCAUACACAUGAACCAUUUGAACAGUCGCAUAAGGAUGAACAUUUAAAAAAAAGUUUUAGAGCUAUUUUAGUUAAACGCUCUCAAAAAGAGACCAAAAAACUUCGUUUAAUAUACGAUGAAGAAAGUAUGAGGAAUGAAGAAGCUGCAGUAUUAUAUUCUUGGCCUGAUGCUGAAUCUUCCACGAGACAGGCACGCCAUAAGGUCGUACCCCCAUUACCAUCAACUCUUCAUGAAUUAGCCGACUUUUUGGAAAUUAACCCAGAAAGAUAUGUAUGCUGCGAGCAAUCAUUUUUUCUGGAUCGUGUGAUUGAUGAGCAAGGAAAAUACUCCGUUAUGUUUGGUUGUUUGGACCUCAUUCGCCAAAUUGUUCGGCAAGGCGCAACAAGUAUACACGCUGACGCUACCUUUAAAGUGGUACCAUCCCGACCGGAAUGUAGACAAUUAUUUAUUAUGCAUGUGAUGGUACAAAAUCAUUCUAUUCCCAUUAUGUACGCUAUGAUGGAAUCAAAAACUGAAGCUUCUUAUACUGCAUUAUUGAAUCACUGUAAGACAAUAUUUCCUUAUUUGGUCCCAAGGAAAAUAAUGACCGAUUAUGAAAUAGCACUGCAUAAUGCAAUUCAGGCAGUUUACGGAGAUGCUGAAAAAAAUGAAUGCUGGUUUCACUAUGUUCAAAGCUUGGUAAAAAAUGUUAAGAAAAUGCGAUUAACCUCUUACAUUAAAAACAACACUCAGGCCAAAUUGUGUCUAAAAAUGUGUGCAUCGUUGGCUCUGUUACCGCCUGAUAAAAUUGAUGAAGGAUUUCAAUCUAUUAAACAAUAUGCUAGAGACAAUAAUGUGCGCUUGGAUUCUUUUUUCAAUUAUUUCUCAAGAUUUUGGUUAAGAUUGAAAGGUCCUGAAGUAUUUUCAGUACAUGGGUUACCAGUCAGAACCAACAACAAUGUGGAAUCAUUUCACAACACAUUAAAAGAAAAAUUUAAUGUUGUUCAUCCAAAUCUUUGGCGGUUCUUAGAAAUGGAAGAAACUACCGAAGUCAUAAGAUCCCCAAAAACUUGGUCUUGGAAUACAGUAGAAGUAGAACAAGAUAAUUUUAAAGCUGAUGCACACAUAUCAGUUAACGAGACAAUUAAUACGACGCCUACAAAAUCUCAAAAAAGAACAGUAGAAAUGGUUGAACGUCCAUCUCGACCAAAACGGUUAUGCAGUAUGAAUCGAAAUUAUGAACAACAAAUUGAGCAGAUGCUUUUUAACUCUGAUAGUGACGAAAAUUAUGAUUUUUCCGAUUCUGGUAGUGAAUAUGAAUUUGAAAAUACUGAACAAGUGUCUGACGAUUUUGAGAGUGAUACUGAGAUCGCGAAUAAUAUAUCAAGUGCAAAUACUCAAUCAUCAACAAAUACUAAUAAUGACGGUGACUGGCAAGAGGAGGAAAUUGAAUUAUCUAAUUUUCCUUUUAUAAAACGAAACGAAUUGCUUGUUCCGAUAGAAGGAGUACUCGAUGACUUGGGAGGAAAAGGUCAUGCAGCUAAUGUGGUUUUGCAUUUAAUGUCCGAAAAGCUGAAUAACGGCCAUGCAUUAUACAUGGACAAUUUCUACAAUAGUUUUGAUUUAGCCUCCAAAUUAAUUGAAAAAAAAACGUUUUGUACUGGAACAUUAAGAUUGAACAGAAAAAAUACACCACAGGAUGUUGUAGAGUCAAAAUUAAAAAAAGGUGAAACCGUUGCCAGUGAGCUUUUGCCCAAACAUCCAAAACCUAGAUCUUUUUCAGUAUCACAUACUAAUCAUUUCCCAAAAAUUCACGAUGUUGGAAAAUCUGGAAGACCUAACAGAAAAAGAUGUCAUCUGUGUUAUUCUAAAGGGAUAAGAAAAGAUACAACAUACUUCUGUCCAAGCUGUCCGGAAAAGCCCAGUCUUUGUCAUCAACCAUGUUUCGAAAAUUUCCAUAAAUAG